AUGGCGCCGAAGAAAAAGGAGCAAGCAGAGGAGAAAAUCCUCCUCGGAAGACCGAGGAACACUCUGAAGAUGGGUCUCGUCGGUUUGCCGAACGUCGGAAAGAGCACGACUUUCAAUCUGCUCUGCAAGCAAGCUGUGCCUGCGGAAAACUAUCCCUUCUGCACCAUCGACCCUCACGAGGCGAGAAUGAAUGUACCUGAUGACCGCUUCAAGUGGCUAUGUAACCAUUUCCACCCCAAGAGCGAAGUCUCGGCAACUCUCGCGAUCUUUGACAUCGCUGGCCUCGUCCCUGGAGCCCACAGAGGCGAGGGUCUGGGCAACGCCUUCCUCUCGCACAUUCAAGCAGUCGACGGCAUCUACCACGUUGUGCGUGCCUUUGAGGAGCCGGACAUUGUCCACAGCGAAGGCGAAGUGAAUCCCGUGAAGGAUCUCGAGACAAUCAGCGACGAGUUGCGAAUGAAAGAUGUGGAAAGAUGCGAAAAGUUGAUCGAAGAGCUGGACCGUCUCGUCGGCAAGGGCCAGGUCCCGAAAGACAAGCAGAAAAAAGUCCACCUGGAUGUCCUGAAAGUCGUCCUCGAACACUUGAACAACAAAAAGUGGGUGUCCCAAGUGGACUGGAAAGCGUCGGAAGUCGAGGUGUUGAACGAGUACCAGUUCCUGACGGCGAAGCAAGUCGUGUACUUGGUCAACAUGAGCGAGAAGGACUACAUUCGCCAGAAGAACAAGUGGCUAGCCAAGAUCCACGGCUGGGUUGAGGCGAAUGUGACGGGGCCCAUCAUCCCCUACUCUGCGCAGUUCGAAAACAAACUCGCGGAGUUGCCUGACGAUGCCGCGAGAGAAAAAUACAUCAAAGACGUCGGCGCCUCGCGCAGUCAGCUGGACAAAAUUGUGACCACCGGCUACCACGCUUUGCACCUUAUUCACUUCUUCACCUGUGGAGAAGACGAGGUGAAGUGCUGGACGAUUCGGCAAGGCACGAAAGCCCCCCAGGCUGCCGGCGUCAUCCACACAGAUUUCGAACGCGGAUUCAUCUGUGCGGAAGUCUACAAGUAUGAGGACCUCGUUGCAGCUGGAAGCGAAGCCGCUGUGAAGGCGGCGGGAAAGUACCUCCAGAAAGGGAAGGAUUACGUUGUCGAGGACGGCGAUAUCAUUUUCUUCAAGUUCAAUGUGACCAACAGCGGAAAGAAAUAG